AUGAUCAAUCGGUUACAACAAGAGAAUAAAAGGGUACCAAGUGGACGUGUUAAUACUAUUGUUAAAUAUUUACCAGGUUCACGAGCAGUUGGCAAGAGAAUAAUACUAUCAGAAGAGUAUGGUCCUGAAAAGGAUAAAAUCGACACUAUAUAUUAUAUCAAAAAAUUCAAUUCAUUUAUUGGAUCAUGUCUAAAUAUUAAGAAAAAGGAAGCGUGGGGCCUCGUUAAUAGAUGGUAUAAUGAA